AGAAGAAACCGGUGGACUGGACACAUGUCAGACGUACAGAGAAUGAAGACUCUGAUGGUGUUUGAUUUUGACCACACUGUGGUGGAUGACAACAGUGACACAUGGGUGAUCAGAUGUCUUCCAAAUCAGACUCUUCCUGAUUCUGUGAAGAAGUCCUACAGGAAAGGCCACUGGACUGAGUUUAUGGGCAGAGUCAUGAAGUACAUAGGAGACCAGGAGGUGACUCCUGACAGGGUCCGCAGUGUGAUGGAGACCAUCCCUUUCACAGCAGGAAUGAUGGAUUUACUGACUUUCAUAUCAGAGCAUAAAAGCACCAUUGACUGCAUAGUCAUCUCUGACUCUAACACUAUAUUCAUAGACUGGAUCCUCCAUGCCGCAGGAGUACAAGGAGCUGUCGAUCAGGUUUUUACCAACCCAGCGAAGUUCAGUGAACUUGGGUACAUGGAAAUACACUGUCACCACACCCAUAACUGCACUCAAUGCCCUGUUAACCUCUGCAAAAAAGAAGUCCUGGAGCUUCAUCUAUCAAAUCAGUCAGACAGAGGUGUCGAGUAUGAGCGGAUAUUUUAUGUGGGGGAUGGUGGGAAUGAUCUCUGCCCCACCUCGUGUUUGAGAGGACAGGAUGUGGUGAUGCCCAGGAAGGGGUACACACUGGCGAAGCUGCUGGACAAACUGCAAGGUCAGGAAGAGAACACUUCACUCAAAGCAAAAGUCAUGGCAUGGGACAGUGGCACUGAGAUCCUAGAGGAACUGAAAGCCAGUAUGCAGUCAUAAAUACACUACACAGUACUUGAUUAACUUCUCAGUUAUGUUAAAUAAUGCAUUUACUCUACAUACUGCACCUGUACGGCAGUAGGCACAUACUCUGUGUUUUUAUAUGUGAGUAAUUUAAUAUUUUUUGAAGUUUUUUAAUUGCAAAAGUUAAAUUUUUUGGUUGGAUAUGUUUUAAACUGAACUGACUUUCUGCUAGAAAUUUGUUAUUCUGUAAGGAUUUUAUCUUAGGGAAUUUAUGUUGUGUUGUGGUUCAUGGUUGGCGCCCUUAACCACUCUACCAACGGACUGCCUCAACCUCAGGCUCAUUUUCCCUUGUCAGUCUAACCUUCCUCUGACCACCCCAUGCUAUGAACAAACAGUAUUUAAUUUUACAUUUUCCUUCCAGUCUCGGCUGACUUGGGGUGAAGGUUGGGUUCGCAUCACAAGGCUGACGAAUCUAUUAUACAGAAAUAUUUAAAUUUACACCCAUCAGUCAUUAUAUUAGGUGUAAAGCCUGUGCGCUAGAGGUACGUAUGUGUUCAUGAACAUCAGCAUCAUGCUUAAAAGCGCACGUCAGGGUCAUAUUCAAGGAUUCAUGGAUCACACUGAAGUGCAGCAGUGAUGUAUGUGAUAAAAAAAUUUGUAACAUCUUGUAAUUUUCUUCGAUUUAAGCAGUUUGAAAAGUAGUCAAAACUAAUUUGACUACCUUUCAAACUGCACUUGACAGACAUCAAAAUAAAUGAAUUAUUCAAAAACAGCAGUAUUUGUUAGUAAAUCCUGCAGUGCUUCAACUUCUAGUGGUUGCAAAACUAAAGUACAAAGUAGCAAGAAUCUAAUAUUUUCCUGCUGUUAACUUUGAGUUUAAUUUGUACCUCAUUACUUUUUAAUGCAUAAUUUGGUAUCCAGCUUGGUUUCAUUGAUUUAACAUAGCCACAAAACAAUCUGUAUUAUGUUUUUUAUUGCAUACAAAGUAACUAAAUAAUGUAUAUUUGCACUGAAUCAAUAAUAUUAACUCAGGGUUCAGGUUUACACAAUGUCUAUUUAAUAAUACUCUAUGAUUUAGUCGGUGCUACUUUCUUUUUACAUCAGUCCACACUGCAGUUUUGAGGUUUCAUGUUUUAAAUAUCAUCAGAUAACUAAUAUAAAACUGUGAAAAUCACAAAGCUUGGGAACUAGACCAAGUAGAAACCACUGUCUUCAGCAGGAAUACUUAGAGCUUCCUGUAAGUAUUCCUGCUGAAUGCUUUAAAGUUGUUGACAGUGAUGUGUGUGUUUGUUUCUUCAUAAAGGAUGCAAUUAAAGCCUCUAAACCCCUUGGA